AUGAAAUUAUCGCAAUUUGUGCUUCUCGGACUAUCUGGUCUGGUGCGCUAUGCACUAUGCACUCAAGGCGAUAUUUGUUAUAUAUUGGGCGCAAAGACCUCCCUGGUUGAUGACCGACUGUUCUUUAUGAGCGGUAAUUACAGCAGCGUGUCCUUUGAUAGUCAAGAGAUUGCGCCUAGUUCAUCACUUCUCUCGCUCAACCUAACGAGUCAAUUUCCGGUCGAGAGGUCAAUUCCUCAAGCGCUUCUGAACAAUGACACUAUCGAAUCCGCCUUCAGUGCCGCCUACGAAAGCACAGUCCGUAUAAGCAAUGGCGACGCAACAGGAGCAAUAUGGAACACCAAAGAUACCAUAUACGUCUUCGGGGGCGGCUUCAAGAAGCCUACGAACACUCUGUCGGCCUAUAAUGUCACAACGAAUCAGUGGAAAGAAGUCAACGUGACCGGCGGAAACUUCAACUUCGGCAACCGGACUUCCUCACAGUAUGUCAGUGUUCCUGACUUGGGCCUGGGCUUUAUCUAUGGUGGAACAGACUACAUGGGAGGAAUGAUACGGCUCAAUGCGUCCGACCCAGAAAAUCUUUCAUGGACCAACGAAACCUUGGGCAAUGGCUCACAUGGAAUAGAUGUCCCGAACUUGGAUGCAGGUGCCAUGGUGUAUAUACCGGCAGGAGAUGAAGGCAUGCUCAUUACAUUUGGAGGCGGAAACAUAACUGCAGGUAUAAGCCCCGACUCGGGUUGGCCGUAUGACUCAAACUGGCUCACCGUCUAUGUUUACGACAUUGCUUCGCAUACCUGGUGGGCACAGAAAGCAUCCGGUGAUGCACCAUCGCACAGAACCGGUUUUUGCGCCGUUGUCUCAGAGUCUCCUGAUGGUAGUGCGUUCCAUAUUACUACCUAUGGUGGAUGGAGUCUGCUUUCCCAGCGGUCAUUUGAGGAUGUGAACAUCCUCAGUAUUCCUUCAUUUACCUGGAUUGACGCCACCGAAUUAUCAAACAAUACAAACAAGGAGCAGCAGGUUAACUCGACUAUUGGGCGAGACAGCCUUACUGGUGCUUGCCAGGCAUACCGUGGCGCGCAAAUGAUUGUGCUUGGUGGUGAAAUCCGGGCAGGCGCGUAUUCGCUCACCAAUGGGUUGUGCAGCAAUACGUUUGAGCCUGUUCGAAUUUUGGAUUUAUCUACAUAUAAGUGGGAGAAUGAAUUGAAUACCAGCGCCAGCUAUGAGGUGCCAUCAGUCAUUUAUGACAAGAUAGGCGGAGACGCAACCGGUGGCGCCACUUCGACUAUUCCCGGUGCAGGAUUUGCAGACCCUACUUUGUCCUCCUUGCUACAGAAACGCGUUGGGGGUGCAACCGUCACCUCCUCGACCCUACCGUCUCCUACGAAAUCACAAUCGAGUAACCAACCCGGCGACGCAACGCCGUCUAGCUCCGUGAAUUCAGGUGCCAUUGCGGGCGGAGUUUUGGGUGGUGUCGUUGCACUUACACUGAUUGCAAGCGUGGCAUGGCUCCUUUUACGGCGUCCACGUCAAGGCCAGCCUAAAGAAGCACCUAUGUAUCAACAAUACCAGUAUAGGCUGCCGUCAAGACCACCGCAAGAAAUGGGGGCAACAUAUGGCUGGCAAGCAGAGGCAGGUAGCCGGCCGAUUCAUGAGGUUCCUGCAGAAUCGCAUGUUUUUGAGAUGGGAGUUACCAGUCCUACGCAUACCUAA